AUGCAGCUUCACUCUCUAUCUCUUUCCUCUCUAUCUCUUCCCCUCAAUUCCUUCUCCUCCUCAGUUUCUUCCAUCAAUCCCCAUUCCUCCUCCUCAUCUCCUCCAACUUUCACUCCUUCCCGCUUCAUCAAGUUCCGUACAUCUCACCGCGAAAACCUCCGGUACCUUAAAACCCUCGGCAUUGUCACCGCCGACGACAAACCCAAGAACCUUCCCCUCCCCGACGACGUCGAACGCAUCCUCGCCGCCGUCGACUUCUUAAAGUCCAAGGGCUUCUCCAACGCCGACUUCCCCCGCCUCGCUUUCCUCUCCCCCAACCUCUUCUCCCCCGGCUUUGACCCCGCCGGCAUUGCCCCUGUCUUUGACUUCCUUGCCUCCGACGUCGCCGCCUUGCCGGAGGAGUCCUGCCGCCUCAUCCUCCGCUGCCCCGCCCUACUCUUCUCGAAUGUCGAGUACUGCCUCCGCCCGACGCUUGAUUAUCUCCGGAAAUUGGGACUGGAGAGGCUUAAUUCGCCGACGACCCUGAAUGCGCACCUUCUCAACACGCGGGUGGAGAAGCUGCAGAAGAAGAUGAAGUUUUUGAGGAGUAUUGGGUUGUCGUAUGACGAGUCGGCUAGGAUUUGCGCGAGGAUUCCGGCGAUUUUCGGUUACAGUGUUGAGGAUAACUUGAGGCCCAAGUAUGAGUAUUUGGUUUGGGAGAUGGAGAGGAGUUUGGAUGAGCUGAAGAGGUUUCCGCAGUAUUUUGCCUUCAGUUUAAAGAAGCGGAUUGUGCCAAGGCAUCUGCAUUUGAAGCAAAGGAAUGUUAGGAUACCAUUGAAUAGAAUGUUGCUUUGGGGUGACCAAAAGUUUUAUGCCAAAUGGAAAUAGUGAAAUUGAAUACUACUUUUGGGAGUCAUUUAUUUAUUCAUAGAAUUUUGGCUUCCAUCGAUUGAGUUCGUUCAAAAGAUUGGGAAAGAAAACUGUCACAAGACUUUUGCUAGUUAUAGCUGGACAAUAAAGUGUCA